AUGGAUGAGAUGAAGAUCAAAGGGCGGCUGUCAGUGACACUCAGAGGGGGCCCAGGCAUGCACAAGACCAACAGUUCCCCCGAACAGAUAGGACCAGAUGAGAGCGGCUGCGGAGGUGGCAGUGACCUUGGAGAGGCCCCCACCCGUGCCGCCCCUGGGGAACUUCAUUCUGCGUGGGUACCGCUCAGCACUGCGCCAGAGGCGGUACACCGGGACUUGCAGAUGGGGCCGGAGGGGGAAAGGGGCCAGGCUGCAGCCGCAUCCUUCGGUGAGGUACAGUCACCACUGGGGGUGCGCAAGCACACCCAUCCCCUGAGCAAGAUCUUCACUGAGGACAUCAGCGAGCGCCUGUCGUUGGCAGCUGGGAGCCGGCUGCCCGAGGGCUGCCUGGAGAAGCUGGCCCUCAACAGACCCAUCUUCAACAAGCCGCUCAGCCACCUCCUCCACCAUGUCAGCCUGUCCGAUAUUGGCUUUGAGAAGCUAGAGUCCUACGUCAAGCUGGACAAGCUGAGUGAGGGGACCCAUACCACCGUUUACAGAGGCAGAAGCAAGCUCACAGACAGCCUCGUGGCACUCAAGGAGAUCAGACUGGAACAGGGGGAGGGGGCACCCUGCACUGCCAUCUGGGAAGUGUGCCUGCUCAGGGACCUCAAGCAUGCCAACAUCGUCACGCUGCAUGACGUCAUCUACAUGGAGCAGUCCCUCAUCCUUGUCUUUGAGUGCCUGGACAAGGACCUGAAGCAGUACCUGGAUGACUGCGGGAAUGUCAUCAACAUGAACAACGUGAAACUGUUCCUGUUCCAGCUGCUCCGGGGCCUGGCCUACUGCCACCGGAAGAAGGUGCUGCACCGAGACAUCAACCCCCAGAACUUGCUCAUCAACCAGAGAGGAGAGCUCAAGCUGGCCGACUUUGGCCUGGCCCGGACCAAGUCAAUCCUAAUGAAGACCUACUCCAACCAGGUGAUGAGCCUGUGGUACCGGCCCCCCGACCUCCUGCUCGGCUGCAUGCACUACUCCACCCAUAUUGACAUGUGGGGCGUGGGCUGCAUUUUCUACGAGAUGGCCAUGGGCCGGACCCUCUUCCCCGGCUCCACAGUGGAGGAGCAGCUGCACCUCAUCUUCCACAUCUUGGGAACCCCAACUGAGGAGACAUGGCCGGGCAUCCUGUCCAAUGAAGAGUUCAAGGCACGCAAUUAUCCCCAGUACCGUGCCAUGGACUUUUUGAGUCUUGCGCCCCGACUUGACAGGGAGGGGGCUGAUCUCCUCACCAAGCUGCUGCAGUACGAAGGCCGCAGUCGGAUUUCCGCAGAGGAUGCCAUGAAGCACCCGUUCUUCUUCAGUCUUGGAGAGCAGAUCCACAAACUUCCUGACACGACUUCCAUAUUUGCACUAAAGGAGAUCCAGCUACAAAGGGAGGCCAGCCUGCGCUCCUCAUCAAUGCCCGACUCAGGCAGGCCGGCUUUCCGUGUGGCGGGCACCGAGUUCUAA